CUGCUGUGUUCCUGUUGCUGUCGCGCCUCAGGUAGUCGAGGGCCGCAUCUCCUACCACACGGAGGUUGUCCCUCUCCGCGCGUCAGACUGCACGGCCAACACACGCAUAGACGCCCAUCUCACACAUUCCUCCGGUAAACUGGGACGAAAGUGAAGAAAAGGACAAAUUGGAGGCCCACCACACUCGUUAAGUAGAGCCUGGAGGGUCGCGGCCAUGGCUGGGGGACGACGGUGGUGGCGGUGGGGACACGUGGUGGUGGUGGUGGCGGCGAUGGUGGUGGGUGUGGUGGGCGACAGUUCCUCAGCUUCUGCCUCGAGCCAAGCGGGUCCCGAGCUGGUACGCACCAAGCGGCAGCAGAACCGCUUCGGGUUGCCGCAGCUACAGUUUGGCAACGUUCAGUUUGGCUUCGACGGCCGCCAGGGUAACCUCGGGUCCUUCAUUAGCUCUCUCCUCGGAGGGGGCAGGAACCCUAACCAAGGCAACCAAGGAAACCAAGGGAACCAAGGAAACCAAGGGAACCAAGGGAACCAAGGAAACCGUCCGGGCAAUUUUACCAUCAACAUUGGCGGGCUGCCCAUCAACGUGGUCGGUGGUCAGAACGGCGGCGUUGGGAUCUCCUUCGGCCAGGGUGGAUGUGGUGCUAACAACGGUGGCUGCCAGCACGAGUGUCGUAUCAAUCAGCGAGGCGUCCGCUGCAGGUGCCGGGAUGGUUUCAGGCUCAACAGAGAUCGAAGAACGUGUCGUGACGAGAACGAGUGUCGAAGGAACAACGGCGGCUGUAGUGACCAAUGCACCAACACGGAAGGUUCCUUCAUUUGCAGCUGCUUCCAGGGCCAGCUGCAGGCUGAUCAGCUCACCUGUUCCUCUGGCUCCGACGAGAACCUGCAGGAGCAGACAUGUGCUUUCAACAACGGAGGCUGUCAACAGUUUUGCUCGCAGACGCAGCAGGGAGUGGUUUGCUUCUGCCAGAAUGGAUUUGUCCUGGGACCAGACAAGACCUCCUGUCAACGAGCUGACGCAUGCAGCAACAACAAUGGCGGGUGUGAGGACAUCUGCACCAGCACGCCGCGAGGCCCUGCCUGCUCGUGCAAGCCAGGCAAGUUUUUGCGGCCUGACGGACGGACGUGCCAGGACGUGGACGAGUGUCGCUUUAACAGAGGCGGGUGUAUGCACUUCUGCAUCAACACUGACGGUUCCUUCAGGUGCGAAUGUCAGAACGGUUACGAGCUGGUCAACGGACAGUUUUGCAGACCCGCACCACAGACACCGCCACCCAUCACCCGUCCACCAUCCACCACUUCACGCCCAUCGCCACCAACGCUGCCGACAUCUGCACCAAUCAUUGACAGCAGAGGGUGUGGUGUUAACUCCAAGAAGUCGCUUUUUAAUCGGAUCGUGGGCGGGAAGCCAGCAGACCCGAAAGACUGGCCGUGGAUGGCCGCUCUGUUGAGGCGGGACCGCAACAUUCAAUACUGUGGCGGCACCCUCAUCACCAGCCAGCACGUGCUCACCGCUGCACACUGCCUCAGGCCGUUCAGUGCCUCAGACAUCCAAGUGCGCCUGGGCGAGUACACCUUCGACAACCCCACUGACGGUGCCCAUGUGGACUUCGACGUGAUGGAAGUCCGAAUGCACGAGAGCUACAACUCGGACACUCAAGAAAACGACAUCGCUGUGCUGAAGCUGGACAGACCGACGACCUUCAACGACAUCAUCUUGCCGGCGUGUCUGCCUCCGCCAGGCGUUUUUUACGAGGGGCGAAGCGGCUACGUGACAGGUUGGGGAACCAUCCACUUCGGCGGUCCUGUCAGCUCGGUCCUUCAGGAGGUGGUGGUGCCCGUCUGGUCUCGCCAAGACUGCUCGAAUGCCUAUCCUGGGAAGGUGUUCCCUGGCAUGAUGUGCGCUGGACUCAAGACUGGCGGCAAGGACUCGUGCCAGGGUGACUCCGGGGGCCCCUACCAAAUCCAGGACACGAAGACUCGGCGCUGGUACGUGGCCGGCGUCGUGUCGUGGGGCAUCCAGUGCGCUCAGCCUGAGAACCCGGGCGUGUACACCGAGGUGGCGCAGUACAUCGACUGGAUCAAGGCCAACGCUGUUUUCUAGCCCGCCCGCCAUCAACAGGAGGUGGAAACAUUGCAACAAAUAAUAAUAAGAUAGAAAAUGAAAACUGAACCACUAAAAAUCUGUCAGUUAAGACCAAUCUGAACAUAAAUCUCAAUAAUCAAUAGACACGGAUUGAGAUGUAAUAGAUUUGUUGACAGAGUUAAAUAAUUUUUUUAAAAUAAUAUUCUAUCAAGCAAUAAUAUUUUCAGGAACUGACAGGCACAGACUGUUCUAAACUAUGUAGCACGUAUGUGCAUGUACACACACACACACACACACACACACACACACACACACACACACACACACACACACACACACACACACAUAUAACCAAUGAUCUUUGUUAUUAACCAAUGAAGUGCAUUACAUAAUGACAUCGGGGUAUCUGAAGUAGAUGAUGCAUCGUAUCGGUGUCAACACAGCACCUCCACUCAGGACUGCUUUCCUUUGUGCUCGCAUACAUAAGGACUGUUGAAAUUUCUGUUGUACGUUGUUUAUCUUCAAUAAAUAAGAUAUAUUUA